CAACAUUCUAGUAUUCACUACUGUAACACCGAACCUCAUAUCUCUUCGUGUGUGUGCCGUGUCUCUCCCUCUCUCCUUCUCUCUGUAUGUAUAUACGUACACAAACAUAUAUAUGUGUGUGUGUGAGUGUGUGUAAUCGGCUGUUCCAUAUCUCCCUCUUUCUCUCUUUGAAAUCCAGCCCCUUUUAAAAAACAACUUUCAGAUUACGCUAACUCAAAAGUAAAGUAAAUCAACAUUUCAAGAAUCGUGCAUAAUCUAAAAAGAUAAUAUCUUCUCUGUUUUUUUAUUAACGAGAUUAGCUUUUUAUCUUUUUCGUUUUUGGGUCAUCUGGGAUUUAGUUUUCUUGAAGAAAGAUUGAAUCUUUCUUGUUUUGGGUCAUCUGGGAUUAAGUUUUCCUUGAAAAAGGUUGAACUUUUCCUGUUUUUGGUUGUGUGGGAUUAAAUUUUGUGAAGUGGGGUGUUGAGAAAUUUGUCAUAAAUACAUAAAUUUGGUGUAAAAGGAAGGUGUUUUUUUUAGGGGGGAUGAAGAUGGUGAGGAGUGAAAAUGUAGUGGGGUAUGAGGGGGAGGUAGAAGUAGAGGAAGAGGAAAAGGAAAUGGAAAUGGGAAUGGUGAGGUCUCCACAAGAACAGAUGAAAUUGGUGGUGGUAGGCUAUGCUCUUACAUCCAAGAAAACUAAGAGUUUUUUGCAGCCCAAGCUUGUAGGUCUAGCUAGGAAUAAGGGAAUACUAUUUGUUGCUAUAGAUCAGAGCAGACCCCUUUCAGAUCAAGGUCCUUUUGACAUUGUGCUCCACAAGUUGUCAGGAAGCAAGUGGAGCCGUAUUCUUGAGGAUUAUAGGCAAACACAUCCACAUGUCGCAGUCCUUGACCCUCCAGAUGCCAUAGAGCAGGUAUAUAAUCGCCAAUACAUGCUUGAAGAUGUUGCAGACCUGAACUUAUCAGACAGCUAUGGCACAGUUGGUGUUCCGAGGCAGUUGGUAAUUGAGACUGAUCCUUCAUCCAUCUCAGAUGCAGUGAAUAAAGCUGGUCUUGCCCUACCUCUUGUGGCGAAGCCUUUGGUUGCAAAGUCACAUGAGUUGUCCCUGGCCUAUGAUACACCCUCUCUUCAGAAGCUUGAACCCCCGCUUGUUCUGCAGGAAUUUAUCAAUCAUGGAGGUGUGCUCUUUAAGGUUUUUAUUGUUGGGGAAGCUGUUAAGGUUGUCAGGCGUUUCAGUUUACCUGAUGUUAGCAAACUCGAGCUGUCAAAAAGUGCUGGGGUUUUCCAUUUCCCUAGAGUUUCAUGUGUUGCAGCCUCUGCAGAGGAAGCUGAUUUAGACCCUUGUGUUGGUGAGCUUCCUCCCCGACCAUUACUUGAGAGGCUUGCUAGGGAACUUCGUCGUAGACUGGGUCUCAGGCUCUUCAACUUGGAUAUAAUUAGAGAGCAUGGGACUAAAGACCGCUAUUACGUGAUAGAUAUCAAUUACUUUCCUGGGUACGGGAAAAUGCCAGAAUAUGAGCACAUAUUUACAGAUUUUCUCCUGAGCCUGAUGAAGCAGAAAUGAGAAUGAAAUCCUCCGCAAUUACAACUUGAAUGUAGAAAAAAAGAGGAUAUCAUCCAGUCAGGAGAAAACUUACAUGAGUGCAGUGCCUAAAAGCUGUCUGUUCGAAGAAGCGGUCAGAGAAGCAAGAAAAGAAGUUGCAACAACUCUCUGAAACUGCUGGCUGAAGGUUGCUCCUUGGGAACCUUGCCCCCGUUACACAAUUCCGACAUCCAUGCCUGGGCUCCACUUUUUUGUUUCAUUAUUCAAAAUUUUAGGCCAUUUUGUUCUUUCUUGUUGUUGGGUGGGUUUACCAUAGUACUGUGUCUGCAUUCUCCUAGGGGUGAUCUUUGGUUGGUAGUGGACUGAAGAAGAAAAUGUUUUGUGAAGAGUGAAUGUGCCUCAUGUAUCUAAAGUACAAAGAGUUUUGCAGCCAAUCCACCUUGUAAAAAUGCCUGUCUUGGUAGGAAUAUACACACUGUACCUUUUUGCUCUUUUCAAUCUUCGCUUUGAGAUUUGAAAUCA